AUGGGGAAGAAAACAAAAACCAACGCGGCAGUUGCUCCAAUAUUCCGCAACCGCGCCGACAAGGGCCUAACACGUGCUGCCGACCAGCACGAAUCGGAGACAGACUCUGAAGCCAGCGACACAGAUAAGAACCCCUACAACCUAAACCCAGUAGCCAGAGGGCAUCUAAAAGGGCUCCUGCAUGACAUUAAGUCCAAUAUGGCGGCAGAACUGGCCAAACACAUGGCCCGCAUCAGGGAAAGCCUAGAAGACCUAACCAGACGCACCCUAGCAGUUGAAUACAAAAUGGACGACAUCUCCACGACCACCGCCAUCCAAGAACUCUGCGGCCAGGUGCUGGCCCUCGAAGGGGCGCAAAAAGACCUGAAUAACAGGUCACGCAGGAACAAUGUCAGAAUCAGGGGGCUCCCUGAAACAAUCACACCCGAUAUACUAAAUGCCGCUCUCAGGGAAACGUUCAGCAGCGUAUUACCCGAAGCACCUCCGGCUGA